UUACAUCACACACGGCUGUUCCUGUUUUGUAUUCAGGUUUCUUAUGUACAGGACUAUUUUCAUUUGAAAAACAAUAGCCCUUUCCAUCAAUGACCCAUCAAGGAUGGAGAAGGACAGAGACCACAUGGCUGCGAGGAUAUUAGACCUCACCCUGGAGAUCAUCUCCUUGAUAACUGGAGAGGAUUACACAGUAGUGAAGAAGUCGUCUGGUGAGUGUGUGACACCCCGUGUGUCAGGAGGAUGGAGCAGGACCCAGAGCCCCAUCACCGAGCCUCCACCUCAUUCCCUGAUACAUGAGCAGAAGAUCCUAGAACUUACCACCAGGAUCACUGAGCUGCUGAGCGGAGAGGUUCCUAUAAGGUGUCAGGAUGUCGCUGUCUAUUUCUCCAUGGAGGAGUGGGAGUAUUUAGAAGAACACAGGGAUCUGUACAAGAACGUCAUGAUGGAGAAUCGCCAGUCCCUCACAUCACCAGGUAAAGAUGGGUUGAUCGACUCCCAUGGACAUCUCUAUUUAACUUCCUAUCAUGAAGAAGAUAGCAAUAUCACACAAGCUAAUUCAAUAACUCCUAAUGUACCCUCAGUCCUUCACAGUGGAGAUAUAUCCACCGAUACCACUGGUCACAAGAAACCUUCAGCUAAUCAAUCACUGAUUUUCAAACAAAUAACUGGACAUAGAUGGGGGGAAAUAUUUUUACGUGGGAAACACUUUAAAAAGAAAUCUAAUCUUCCUUUGCAUGAGAAAAAUCACAUAGAGAAGAGGACAUUUUCAUGCGCUGAAUGUGGAAAGUCUUUUACCAGGAAAUUACUUUUAGUUAGACAUCAAAGAACUCACAAAGCGGAGAAGCCAUAUACAUGUUCAGAAUGUGGGAAAUGUUUUAUGUGGAAGGGUUCUCUUGAAAAACAUCAGAGAAAUCACACAGGGGAGAAGUCUUUUUCAUGUUCAGAAGAUGGGAGAUGCUUUACCCAGAAAUCAGAUCUUGUGGGACAUCUACGAUGUCACUCAAGGAAAAGGGUAUUUUCAUGUACAGAAUGUGGAAAAUGUUUUAGCAGGAAAACAGGUCUUGUUAGACAUCAGACAACUCACACAGGAGAGAAGCCAUUUUCAUGUUCUGAAUGUGGGAAAUGUUUUAGCCAGAAAACAGGUCUUGUUAGACAUCAGACAACUCACACAGGAGAGAAGCCAUUUUCAUGUUCUGAAUGUGGGAAAUCUUUUAGGCAGAAAUCAUUUCUUGUGGAACAUUUAAGAAUUCACACAGGAGAGAAGCCGUUUUCAUGCUCAGAAUGUGGAAGAUGUUUUACGCAUAAAUCAACUCUUCUUCAUCACCAGAGUACUCACAAACGAGAGAAGUUAUUUUCAUGUUCUGAAUGUGGGAAAUGUUUUAGGCAGAAAACAGGUCUUGUUAGACAUCAGACAACUCACACAGCAGAGAAGCCAUUUUCAUGCUCAGAAUGUGGGAAAUCUUUUAGUCAGAAAUCAUUUCUUGUGGAACAUUUAAGAAUUCACACAGGAGAGAAGCCGUUGUCAUGCUCAGAAUGUGGGAAAUGUUUUACCCAGAAUUCGAAACUUGUGAGUCAUCUAAGAACUCACACAGGAGAGAAGCCGUUGUCAUGCUCAGAAUGUGGGAAAUGUUUUACCCAGAAUUCGAAACUUAGAACUCAUGAUAGAGAAAAGGCAUUUUCAUGUUCACAAUGUGGGAAAUGUUUCAGCCAGAAAAGGGCUCUUGUUAAACAUCAUCAGAGAACUCACACAGGGAAAUAA